GAAUGGCACCAAUUCUUCAUUUAAGUAGUUUCUGUCGUCAUUUUUCCCCUUAGUUUGUGAAUUCACUUUAACUGUGAUAUAUAGUUUUGUUCAUAAAUUUUACGUUCCGUGUUUUCUAGAACCUCCAGACUAUGGCAGGCAUUGUCUCCGACACUGCGGACAUGAAGAGCUACAUUGCCGUUGAUCCCACCUCUGAUGCUGCCACCAAUAAUGCUGCCACCACUAAUGCUGGUAUCUCUGAUGCUGCUUCAACAUCCUCUUCCUUCGUAUCUACUACUAUAUAUAUAGCUACUGGAUACGUCGAACAAGUUGAGUCACUAAAAACUUUAACUUCAAGCGAUCUCCAAGUAAUCGGAUGGGUUCUGUGGGCGGUGAUCGUUAUCACUCUACUUGGGAACGUCUGUUCUUUCUACGCUGUCUUCGACCGCCGGAACUUCAAGAAAAUAAUGACGUACGAAAACCCCUACCUGUUAUCCAAUGUGCUUUGUUUCUCUCUAUCCUUCGUGGACUUCCUUCAAAUAUUGAUGGUUGGAAUCCCUGCAGCGAUCUGUUUCUCGUCUACCAACACCAUACUUGCGUCCAGUUUGUAUAACCUCGUAGCAGUAGACCCCCUACUCGAUCUGAUAGUCUGGGCUCAGCUCCUCCUAGUUGUAUCUAUAUGUCUGGACAGAGCAGGACACAUCUGCCGACCCAUCACCUACUUCUUCAAACCGUCCAUCAUGUUCCUAAGCCUCCUCAUCUGUUUUGCAGUUCCCUUUCUCACACUGACGUUACCGUAUAUCAUUGCUGCCCGAGUCACCAUGCAGGAUAGUGAAAGUAGAGGUAUUACUGGAAAAUCUGUGUUUCUUUGCUCACACGCCGGCAUGUAUGAUGAUAACGGAGCACACGUUGCUAACAUCAAAAUCUUCAUGAGCUGUACUCUACAAUUGGGGCCCAACUGGAAACACUCAGAAUUCUACAAGACCUGGGAGAACAUUUCAAACCCUCUUAUUUUACUGCUAGCGGUAGCUGCGAUGGUGGGAACUUGUGCGGUUAUUGUUAAUAUGCUCAUCAGGAGUGCUAGCUUUCAGAAGAACAAUUCCGACAGGCAAAAGGAAGUAGCCAGAGGUAUUAGAACAACAUGUAUUAUCUCCAUGAUGCAAGGAGUAUUGAUCCUAGCCUCUAGUCUCCCACUUCGCUGUCAUCAGAUAAGGAUGAGGGUGUGUCCUACUUGUGGGAGUUUUGAUGAUUAUUAUCUAAUGACGGCAAGAAUGUUGGUCUUCCUUGGUCCGAUGUUCAAUUCCUGGCUAUAUUCGUUUAGAAUGGGCAACGUAAGGACCUUCCUAGCUUCCAAAAGGCAACGAUUACUCAAUUCAGGAGUUUGGCGCAAAACCCAGUAUCACAUUUCCUUGGGUCGGAUAAACAAAGAGAAAAAAGUUAUUGAACACAAAGGUAUAAACAAAGGUGUUCACUCUACAACAAAUACCACGUUGAUAUCAGGUACAACUCUCUUGGAGGAGGGUAAUUGAAAGAUGAUUAUUGGUAAUUGAAAGAUGAUUAUUGGUAAUUGAAAGAUAAUUAUUGGUAAUUGAAAGAUAAUUAUUGGUAAUUGAAAGAUAAUUAUUGGUAAUUGAAAGAUAAUUAUUGGUAAUUGAGAGAUGAUUAUUGGUAAUUGAAAGAUGAUUAUUGGUAAUUGAAAGAUGAUAAUUGGUAAUUGAAAGAUGAUUAUUGUUUCGCCCACUCGUUCAUAUUGCCUUGUUUAGAUCAGUGGACUAAAUUUUGCAGUUUUGAGUUUAUUCUAAUAAACCCAAUAAAUAAAAACAAUUAAUAUUUAACCUAAUCACGUGUUUUACAGUUAUGAUUUUGUGGGAUUUCUGAGCAAAAUUUAUCUCUCGUAAAGAUUUGAAUGUGUGAUUUUCUUACGUGAACUAGUAUAUUAUAUAUAAUAUUGUUUCAAAAAUGUUAAUCGUACACACACUACACAGUUGCAAUUUGAAAUACAUCGUUGUUGACGCAUUAACAUUUAAGGUUGAUUAAGGUUUAUUUUUCACUUUCAAAAUGUAAUAUCUCUCGUGACAAGAUUUCCAACUGCCGCAACGUUUCUAAUUCACAAUAAAUCAGACUAAGAUAGAUAUUGCGAUGAGAGUUCAUUACUUAUUUAUCUUUAUGAUAUUAUGUCAAAUUGAAAUUAAAAAUCAGUGCUUUUUAAUCAUAAAUUCCAAGAA